AUGCCAUCCCUUGGUUCUGACCUGCCGGAGAUUGACCAGGUGACGCGGGCAAUCUCCUCCGGGUGGAUGUUGGUGCCGGAGUCUGAUGUUCCGAAGCCACCUGAUGUGUCUGUCAUCACUGUUAAGGAAGAACCAAAAACUGAGAAAUCUAAGGGCAUCGCGCUACCUUGGAAGAAAGGAAAGAAAUCAGAUGCCAAAGUACAGAAACUCAAACAGGAGUUGGAGAUUACGGACCACAAAUUAAGUGUUGAUGAAUUGGAAAGGAAAUACUCAGUGGAUAUCAAACUGGGCCUGAGUACUGCUUCUGCCCAGGAAAUUCUUGUCCGGGAUGGACCUAACAAACUGAGUCCUCCGAAAGGAACCCCUGAGAUCGUCAAAUUUAUGUUGUUAAUGACUGGUGGAUUCUCAAUUGUCUUCUGGAUUUCAUCAGCAUUAUGUUUCCUUGCGUAUGGCCUACAAGCUGCUCAAGAUCCCAAUGUUGCUAAAGACAAUCUCUGGUUGGCACUCAUCCUAAUUGCAGUGGUGGUGAUGACGGCCCUCUUUGCAUAUUACCAGGAAGCCAAAAGUACCAACAUCAUGGCUGGCUUUAAGAACAUGGUACCCCAGCAAGCCUUGGCUCUUCGUGAUGGAAAACGGAUUGAGAUGCUGGCGGAGAACCUUGUCGUGGGAGAUAUUGUCUUUGUAAAAGGAGGUGAUAAAAUUCCUGCUGAUUUACGUAUACUGGAGAGCCAUGGUUGCAAGGUUGACAACUCAUCCCUCACCGGUGAAUCUGAGGCUCAGCCUCGUGGUGUGGAAUGCACCGAUGAUAAUCCCCUAGAGACCAAAAACCUGGGAUUCUAUUCUACAACCUGCUUGGAAGGGGCAGCAUCUGGUAUUGUAAUUAACACGGGUGACAAAACAGUGAUUGGACGUAUUGCCUUACUGGCAUCACAAGUCGGGGACCAGAAGACACCCAUUGCCUUGGAGAUUGAGCAUUUUGUGCAUCUGAUCAGCGCUCUGGCAGUGGGAGUUGGAGUGCUUUUCUUUAUAAUUUCUAUCGCUAUGGGAUACAGCCCUCUCAAUUCCGUUAUCUUCUGCAUCGGCAUUGUGGUAGCAUAUGUGCCUGAGGGACUACUGGCAACUGUGACCGUUUGUCUUUCACUCACUGCAAAGCGUAUGGCAAGGAAGAACUGUUUAGUAAAGAACUUGGAAGCUGUGGAGACUCUUGGAUCUACCUCUGUCAUCUGCUCUGACAAAACCGGAACCCUGACACAGAACCGUAUGACGGUGGCACACAUGUGGUUUGAUAUGUAUAUCCACAAUGCAGAUACCAGUGAAGACCAGACCGGGGAAAUAUUUGAUCAGAGUUCGCCCACCUGGCAAGCACUGUCAACAGUUGCCACCCUAUGCAACCGGGCAGAAUUCUGUGCCAAUCAGGAGGAGGUUCCGAUUAGCAAGAAAACGGUCAAUGGAGAUGCCUCAGAAGCAGCUUUAUUGAAAUUUACAGAACAAUUAUUGGGAGAUGUGAUGGAAAUUAGAAAGAGAAAUGAGAAAGUAUUGGAAAUCCCAUUCAACUCAAGCAAUAAGUACCAGGUCUCUAUCCAUAUCCCAGAGGAUCCUGCUCAGAAGGGCUACUUACUGGUGAUGAAGGGAGCUCCAGAGCGGAUCCUGGAGAGAUGUAGCAGCAUCAUGGUAAAAGGACAAGAAUUGCCACUAAAUGAAGAAAUGAGAUGCGACUUUGAAAAGGCAUACUUAUCCCUGGGGAGUCUGGGAGAAAGAGUUCUUGGGUUUUGUCAGUUGUUACUCCCAUCUUCUACCUAUGGACCUGGUUAUUUGUUUGAUGCAGAAAGUGGAAAUUUUCCACUAAAUGGACUAUGCUUUGCUGGUCUCAUCUCCAUGAUUGACCCACCUCGUUCCAGUGUUCCAGAUGCAGUCGCAAAGUGUCGCAGUUCAGGCAUUAAGGUUAUCAUGGUGACUGGGGAUCAUCCAAUUACAGCUAAAGCAAUUGCAAGAAGUGUUGGUAUAAUCUCAACCGGCACUGAGACAGUAGAAGACAUUGCAAAUAGACUGUCAAUCCCAAUUGAAAGUGUUAAUCCAAGGGAUGCUUGUGCUGCUGUUGUUAAUGGCGGUGAAAUCAUUGACAUGAGCUCUGAUGAACUGGACGACAUCUUGAAGUAUCACCAGGAAAUUGUAUUUGCACGGACAUCACCACAGCAAAAGCUACUCAUUGUAGAGGGAUGUCAGAGACUGGGGGCCAUUGUGGCUGUUACUGGUGAUGGCGUGAAUGACUCCCCAGCACUGAAGAAAGCAGAUAUUGGUGUUGCGAUGGGAAUUGCUGGCUCAGAUGCUGCCAAACAUGCGGCAGACAUGAUUCUUCUGGAUGAUAACUUUGCCUCAAUAGUGACUGGCGUGGAAGAAGGACGCUUGAUAUUUGACAACCUGAAGAAAUCUAUUUCAUACACAGUGACCAAGAACAUCCCAGAGAUGAUUCCAUUCAUGGUCUAUGUCAUCAUUAGCUGCCCCUUGCCCCUUGGAACCAUCACCAUCCUCUUCAUAGAACUGGGCACUGACAUUAUCCCAUCCAUUGCUUUAGCUUAUGAGAAAGCUGAAAAUGACAUUAUGCUGAGAAAGCCCCGUAACCCGUACCAGGAUCGACUGGUGAACAUGGAGUUGCUGUCAUAUUCCUAUUUUCACAUAGCUGCUAUGGAAACAUAUGCCGGGUUCGUGAACUAUUUCACUGUCAUGGCUGCACAGGGAUGGCUUCCAAUCAUAACUAUCAAUCUUCGUGUCAACUGGGAGAAUAACAAACUUAAUGACUUGGAGGACAGCUACGGACAAGAAUGGACAUACAGACAGCGCCUGGAGCAGGAGUGGUAUAACUACUCAGCCUUCUUUAUAUCUAUAGUGGUUUGUCAGAUGAUCAACACUCUUAUCCGAAAGACCAGAAGGAACAGCAUCAUAACCCGCAAUUUCUUCAGGAAUAAAAUCAUCUUCGUUGGACUGCUGUCACAAGUAGGCAUUGCAACAUUCCUGUGUUACGUCCCUGGGAUGGGUGAUGCCCUGCAUUUUAUGCCCCUCCGAAUCCAAUACUGGUUUGUUGGAAUCCAAUAUACAGCCCUUAUCUUGGCUUAUGAUGAAGUCAGAAAACUUCUCAUAAGAAACUAUCCUGGCAGUAAGUAUCAUUUGGUUUCAGUAGUUUUACCAAUGAAGGGAUGA